AUGACUUCUCUGUGUCAGUUCCUGAUGGUCCAAUCAGGGCAUGGUCAGGCUCCCCUGUCUCUGUACGUUGAGAACUCUCACCUCUCUUCAACGCAGAGCCAUUGGAGGUGCGCUGGUACCGGCCCUAAAACUCCUACAGCCCUGUCUUGUUAUACGAGGACCACAAGAUCCAGAAGGCCCAUGUGGACCGCCCUUGUAGAAUGGCAGGGUGUCUCUAACUGGGGGGUUGGAGAGGGAACGUGUCCCUGAGACUGGAGAGGGUCACACUGGAAGACAGAGGAAUAUGUGUGCCGUGUCAGCAGCGAACAAUGGUUCGACAAGGCCAGUGUGUUCCUCACAGUGAAUGGGAAGUGGCUGCGGACAGGUACACAGAACAUACUGUAUGCCUUGUCCUGUCUCUUCAUUACAUUUUACAUUUUAGUCAUUUAGCAGACGCUCUUAUCGAGAGCGACUUACAGUUAGUGAGUGCAUACAUUAUUUUAUUUUUCAUACUGGCCCCCCGUGGGAAACAAACCCACAACCCUGGCGUUGCAAACGCCAUGCUCUACCAACUAAGCUACCUCCCUGCCGGCCAUUCCCUCCCCUACCCUGGACGACGCUGGGCCAAUUGUGCGCCGCCCCAUUGGUCUCCCGGUUGCGGCCGGCUACAGCAGAGCCUGGAUUCGAACCAGGAUCUCUAGUGGCACAGCUAGCACUGCAAUGCAGUGCCUUAGACCACUGCGCCACUCGCCUGAAGGUGCCUGUGGGCAGAACUGGACGAUGCUGGGCCAAUUGUGCGCCGCCCCAUUGGUCUCCCGGUUGCGGCCGGCUACAGCAGAGCCUGGAUUCGAACCAGGAUCUCUAGUGGCACAGCUAGCACUGCGAUGCAGUGCCUUAGACCACUGCGCCACUCGGGAGACUAGAUAGUAGUCUCCCUACCCUGGACGACGCUGGGCCAAUUGUGCGCCGCCCCAUUGGUCUCCCGGUUGCGGCCGGCUACAGCAGAGCCUGGAUUCGAACCAGGAUCUCUACUGGCACAGCUAGCACUGCGAUGCAGUGCCUUAGACCACUGCGCCACUCGGGGGACUAGAUAGUAGAGAGAAUGAUUUAUUUUAUUUAUUUCAUCACAUUCCCAGUGGGUCAGAAGUUUACAUACACUCAAUUAGUAUUUGGUAGCAUUGCCUUUAAAUUGUUUAACUUGGGUCAAACGUUUCGGGUAGCCUUCCACAAGCUUCCCACAAUAAGUUGGCUGAAUUUUGGCCCAUUCCUCCUGACAGAGCUGGGGUAACUGAGUCAGGUUAGUUGGCCUCCUUGCUCGCACAAGCUUUUUCAGUUCUGCCCACACAUUUUCUAUAGGAUUGAGGUCAGGGCUUUGUGAUGGCCUCUCCAAUACCUUGACUUUGAUGUCCUUAAGCAAUUUUUCCACAACUUUGGAAGUAUGCUUGGGGUCAUUGUCCAUUUGGAAGACCCAUUUGCGACCAAGCUUGAACUUCCUGACUGAUGUCUUGAGAUGUUGCUUCAAAAUAUCCAUCUAAUUUUCCUUCAUCAUGAUGCCAUCUAUUUUGUGAAGUGCACCAGUCCCUCCUGCAGCAAAGCACCCCCACAGCAUGAUGCUGCCACCCCCGUGCUUCAUGGUUGGGAUGGUGUUCUUCGGCUUGCAAGAGACCCCCUUUUUCCUCCAAACAUAACGAUGGUCAUUAUGGCCAACAGUUAUAUUUUUGUUUCAUCAGACCAGAGGACAUUUCUCCAAAAAGUACGAUCUUUGUCCCCAUGUGCAGUUGCAAACCGUAGUCUGGCUUUUUUAUGGCUGUUUUGGAGCAGUGGCUUCUUCCUUGCUGAGCGGCCUUUCAGGUUAUGUUGAUAUAGGACUUGUUUUACUGUGGAUAUAGAUACUUUUAUACCUGUUUCCUCCAGCAUCUUCACAAGGUCCUUUGCUGUUGUUCUGGGAUUGAUUUGCACUUUUCGCACCAAAGUACGUUCAUCUCGAGGAGACAGAACGCGUCUCCUUCCUGAGCGGUAUGACGGCUGCGUGGUCCCAUGGUGUUUAUACUUGCGUACUAUUGUUUGUAUAGAUGAACGUUGUACCUUCAGGCAUUUGGAAAUUUCUCCCAAGGAUGAACCAGACUUGUGGAGGUCUACAAAAAUAUUUUCUGAGGUCUUGGCUGAUUUCUUUUGAUUUUCCCAUGAUGUCAAGCAAAGAGGCACUGAGUUUGAAGGUAGGCCUUGAAAUACAUCCACAGGUACACCUCCAAUUGACUCAAAUGAUGUCAAUCAGAAGCUUCUAAAGCCAUGACAUCAUUUUCUGGAAUUUUCCAAGCUGUUUAAAGGCACAGUCAACUUAGUGUAUAUAAACUUCUGACCCACUGGAAUUGUGAUACGGUGAAUUAUAAGUUAAAUAAUCUGUCUAUAAACCAUCGUUAGAAAAAUUACUUGUGUCAUGCUAACCGACUUGCCAAAACUAUAGUUUGUUAACAAGACAUUUGUGGAGUGGUUGAAAAACAAGUUUUUAUUGACUCCAACCUAAGUGUAUGUAAACUUCCGACUUCAACUGUAGUAAUAUAACACAAUCCAAUGAGUAACCAUGUAAGUGAAUGUAUGAAUGAAAUCCUAUUAUUUUCUCUUAGUGGACAUCACUUUUGACCCACUGACUGCUCACUCACAGCUAGAGGUGUAUUCUAGAAAAAAUAUGGUUAGUUCUAAAAAUGAGGGCGGUUAUGAUUCCAAAUAUCCUUAUGUCCUUAGUGAGAACAAAUUCAGCCCAGGACAGACAUACUGGGAAGUGGUGGUGCAGUCUUCAUGGAAACAUACAUGGUAUGUUGGGGUAGCCACCACAGACGCAGUCAAGCAUAAGGCUGUUGUCCCCUUAAACGCUGGGAAUGGUUUCUGGAUUCUAAGCUAUAAAAAAGGAAACGGUUAUUGUGUCUCUGCAGACCCUCCAACACCAUUAUCUGGAAUUAAAAACCUUGAAACACUGGGAGUGUUCUUAGAUUGUGACAGACAGAAGCUGUCCUUUUAUGAUGCUGAUUCAGAAGUACAUCUCUACAGUUUUGCUGACGUGUCAUCUAACUCGAACACAUUCUUUGCUGUAUUUAGCCCAGGAUUAGACCGACGUCCCUUAAUAAUUAAAUGAUUGUAGAUGACAAAGGUAGAAACAUCCCACAAUAAUAAUCAUGUUAAAUAUUACUGAACAACAAAUAGUCUAUACAAUCAAAUCACAUUUUAUUCAUCACAUGCGCUGAAUAUAAUAGGUGUAGACUUUAAAGUGAAAUGCUUACUCACAAGCCCUUUCCCAACAAAGCAGAGUCAAAAUAAAAAACAUUGCAAAAAAAUAAAAAGGAAAUAUUAAUACAAUAAAAUAAUAAUGAGGCUAUAUACAAGUACUGAGUCAAUGUGCAGGGAUACGAUGUAGUUUAGGUAAUUUAGGUAAUAUGUACAUGUAGGUAGGGGUAAAAAUGAGUAGGCAAUCAGGAUAGAUAAUAAACAGAGUAGCAGCAGUAUAUCUGAAGUGUGUGAAGGAGUGUGAAGGAGUGGGUGUGUGUGGUAUCAAUACGCAUGAAUGUGUGGGCAUAUGUAGUGUGUGUGUGUUGGAGUAUCAGUGUAGUAUGUGUGAGUGUGUGGGUAGAGUCCAGUGAGUGUGCAUAGAGCCUGUGCAAGAGAGUCAGUGCAUAAAAAGGUUGGUCAAUGCAAAUAGUCCGGGUAGCCAUUUGAUUAACUGUUCAACAGUCUUAUGGCAUUGGGGUAGAAGUUGUUCAGGAGCCUUUUGGUCCCAGACUUGGCGGUCCAGUACCGCUCGCCAUGCGGUAGCAGCGAGAAUAGUCCAUGACUUGGGUGGCCUGAGUCUGACAAUUUUUAGGGCCUUCCUCUGACACCGCCUGGUAUAAAGGUCCUGGAUGGCAGGAAGCCAGCGAUGUACUGGGCUGUGCGCAAUACCCUCUGGAACGCCUUACGGUCGGAUGCCGAGCAGUUGCCAUACCAAGCAGUGAUGCAGCCAGUCAAGAUGCACUCAAUGGUGCAGCUGUAGAACUUUUUGAGGAUCUGAGGGCCAAUGUCAAAUAAUUUAGGCCUCCUGAGGGGGAAGAAGCAUUGUCGUGCCCUCCUCACAACUGUGUUGGUGUUUUUGGACCAUGAUAGGUCGUUAGUGAUGUGUUCGGCCCUCCGUUUCCUCUAAAAGCUCAUUGUAACUGAGACACUAACGAAAAAUUGUAAGACAAUUGUACAAUGAAACACUUACAAAUGUAAAUAGAAAAUUUCAAUUUCAAGUAAUCAAUACCACUCAGCUGUGUCAAUGUUAAAAAAUGUAUAGAUAUUUGAUCACAAUAAUCAUAAGUGAUUUCCCACUUCAACCAUCUUCCUCCGCAGAAGUAAAUCAUUUUCUACUACAGUUCGGUCCAAAAAUUAUUGGCACCCUUGAUAAAGAUGAGCAAAAAAGUAUAUAUUUAAAAAAUACAAAUUCUGAGCAACAGUGUGUAACAUAUUUGCAUGUAACUGCAUGUAACAUAUUUUUUUUGCAAGGUCAGGAUUUUUGUUUUUAUGAAAAGUAUAUAUUUUUUAUACCAAUACAAUUGCUCAGAGAAGGAGAUUUUGUUUAACAAGUAAUACAAAAUAAUCUAAAAAAGAUAGGGGUCAACAUUAUUGGCACACCUGUAUUCAAUACUCCAGCAUCCUCCUCAUGCGAGGAUAACGGCACUGAGCCUUAUCAUAUAAUAUUUUAUGAGAUUUGAGAACACAAUGGGAGGGAUCUUAAACCAUUCCUCCAUACAGAAUCUUUCCAGAUCCUUGAUAUCUUUCGUUUGCUCUUAUGGACUUCCCUAUUCACUUCAAACCACAGGUUUUAAAUGGGGUUCAAGGCCAGAGACUGAGAUGGCCAUUGAAAAAUGUUGAUUUUGUGGUCAAUUAACCAUUUCUUUGUGGAUUUUGAUUUGUGUUUGGAGUUCCACUUGAGGCCAAGUUUCAGCCUCCCUGCCCUUUAACUUUGACAAUACAUGAGAUAGCCUAGACAUGAAUAGAUCAUAUAGGGACGACUGGCCCAGAAAGAUCAGACUAGUUACAGCAAGUAUGAGCAACAAAACCAAAAGAGAUAGGCAUCAUCUUUCACCAAGUCAACCUAACAUAUCAUUGUGAUUGAGUCAUCUGUUUUAUCCAUUGUCUAAAGAGAUAAAGAAAACAGAGAUCAUGUACAAAAUGUACUUUAUUUUACAGGGUGAUAUGAUGAUGCAUGGAGCAACAUGGGAUGACUUUGUGAAAUGUGUUUUCAUCCCUCUCUGUACCCUGGUGCAGUGGAACAAUUAUUGUCCAGCCUCAGUUUAGCAUGAUUCGGGAUAGCUGAACUCCUGUAAAUAGUGAAAGGACAUGUAGAUGUCUAUGGGACAGUUUUCUAAUCAUAAAACAGUGUAAAAUGGGCUAUGCUGGGCCCAUAGUUUUUUUAAAUCAGGUCACAUGGUUAAAAACAAAAAUCCUGACCUUAGGGAGGAUGAAUGACCUGUUGAACUAUAGCAACCUUGUACUUGUUCAUACGAUUAAUUUCAGUCAAUAAUUUGGAAUGAAAAGGUGUAGGUAGCCUAGUCAGCCAAAGCUUGAAUACAAACCAAAUUUGAUCACAUUCAGAUUUGAUCCUAACACUCAAAUAAAUGAUAUUGUAUAGCUAAAUACAUGAUGUUACCACUUCGUUUCCUCCGGCCAGAGGGGACAGGGCGCAUAGGCUGUGCUACCUGGCUGUUGUUAAGCCUACAGUUGGUCAGACUGAAAAUGAUUUAUCCAUCUGCAGAGGUGAUAGUAUCAACACUGUAGGCUGGUUUCUUUUUUGGGGGGGAGGGGGGAUCUUUCAGCUUUAAUAUUGCAGAUAGAUUGUGGCUUCUAUCGAUCUAAUUAUCUGCAUCAUUAUAUUCCUAUUUCUUACUAAUUUCAUACCGGUGUUCUUUUGUGGCUUCCUCCUUAUUUUGAUUGACAUAGUGCUCUUAUUGUGUUUUUUUAAACUUAUUUUGUAUUGAAUAUUUUAUAAAUGUUGCACUGUUUGAAAGGAGAGGUUGUAAGUAAGCAUUUUGUUGUGCUGUGUACACUACGCUGUAUUGUGUGCAUUUAAAAAUGUUACUUUGAUGUGAUUUGAUUUCACAACAAUGUAUAGUUUUCUACAUGCAGUAAGAUUAUUGAUGUAAAUAAGUGUCUGUCUACAAAAAAGAUAGAAUUCUGAGUGCUUGACAUUGUGUUGACAUAAAACAUUCAUUAAACAUCCUGAUUUUGAAUACAUGUAAUUAUUUUAUAAAAACCACAGUGCUAUUGACAUAUUCUACAGGUACACAUUGACUUUGAAUAUACUGCAAAUUGUGGACAUAAUUUUACAGGUCAGCUGACACAACAUACUAUUAAAAAAUCCAGAGCAACACCUCAACUCAGUGGUGUAUUGUUUGUACAUCACUGACUGAUGAUGGCCUAACAGCUUUAAAAUGUUUGUUAUACACUUGUUGCCUUUUGAAUGAUUAAAUAAGCAUAACAAAACUUUCAUCUCUUUUUUUGAGUGUCUACUCUACAGCAGAGCUAGGUAACCAUGGCCCUGGAGUGCUGAAAGUACUAGAAUUAGUAUUUUCUCAUUACUAAUUUGGUGUGAAAAAAAUCCUGACAUUGUCUUCAUCCUAACAUUUGGUGUAGUGCUAAAUGGGUCCCUACUACUCCCUAAGGUUGAUGUCCGCGCCCCCGCGGAAAUCUAAUGAGCAAAAAAAAUUAUCCCCAUAAAAAUCUGUCAAUUUAAACUAGAGAUAUGUUUUUUUUUGCAUUGGAUGCGUCUCAAUCCACCUAUGUCACACCUCCGCAUCUGCAGUGAAAGGUGACAGAGCUAGACUGGUGUUUGUCAGACCAUGAGACAUCCCGAAAAUCUGUCUUUUCACUAAAUUGUAUAUAGCGUCCGAACGGUUUGGCCUAAAAAACUCCCUCUUGCUCUACGACCCCCACAAGUGUAUUGGGACUCGUCUGAAGUCGGUACAGCCAAUCUGCAAACUUCUGUCUGUAGCAUUUGAGCAGUUUGGGAUACACAAUAAUGUGACCGUCUGUGCAAAGGUGAUACGUCAAGGGAUCUUAAAAUUCAAAAUCAAAUAGCUAAAUGAUCCUUGGUAUGACUUUCUUAAAACAAUUCCAUAUAGCUUAGUAGAACCCCUCCCCCCCUCGGUAGUGUUAAAUAGGAAACGCAAGAUGAAAUUGUAAUGUACUCCUCUUCUGGCUUCUGACUACUUUACUUGAACAGGAGAUGGUCUGUGGCCCCACACUUUCUGGCUCAUGUUCCUUGGCUACUGGCUUGCAUCCCCCAGCCAUGAUCAUCAUAUAUACUGUACACUCAGCUGUUGUACACAUCAAGUGCUGUAAAAGCAAGCUAACCAGGAUAUUCUGUUUAUGUGUUUGGUAAAUGAAUAAGCUGGAGAUGGCAUUUGUUUGUGAGGAGAAAGUGAAAUUACUGACAGUGAGGAAAAGGGAGAACCAAGUUAUUCUCACUAUUAUGUUACCAUUCGUAAAAUACAAAUAAAGCAGAGUAUACAAAUACAAAGCGGAUUUUGAUUUCACAAUCUCAGAAUUGAAGGAGACCAUGUACUCAGAAACAAAUGUAUUUUACUUCUGUACUGUAUGUAACUAUAACCUCUCCAAUAUAUAAAUACUUCCCCUUCAAUAAAUUGUAUUAACUAAGAUGUGAUUUUAUAUUUACUGACUUGUCUCCUUAUGUCAGUUUGGUUUUGACCAAGGCCUUAGAAAUGUUCAAAGAAAUGUUUGAUAUUUCUUUGUGAUUUUGUUUUUGUGAUACACCAAUACUGGUGCCCAGCCCACAUGGGCUUAUAAAACUUGGGCUUAUGAAGUAUUAUGUGCACAACAAACAAAACAAAAUUACAUUUUGCAAUUUACACGCAUAAAUAAUAAUCAUGGCAAGUAAAGUUACCAUUUUGUUAUAUUAUACACACAAUACAUUUAUCUUUCUCCCCCAGGCUUUGAAAAUAAAGUGAGCCAUAUUAAAUAUUAUUAUUAAUCCAUGAUAUGACUAAUAUAAUUCAUAAAGACACUCUCAAACACAAACUCAGAUUGCAUUUGUACUUGUGCUGUAUUUUUCUACAAUGUCUGUCUUUUCUGUGGGGGGGAGUAUAUUGCAGUAUUAAAUAAUCAAACUGCUCCUACGUAGGUCCAAAGUUCACUGGUCUUUCUUUACUGUGACUUUACAGUGCCUAUAAAAAGUCUACGCCCCCUUUGGAUUUCUUCACAUUUGAUUGUAUUACAAAGUGGGAUUAACAUUUAUUUGUCCUUUUUUGUCAACACAAAAACCUCUAAUGUCAAAGUGGAAUAAUUUUUUGUCUUUUUUUGAUUAAUGAAAAAUAAAACACUAAUAUACCUUGGUUAGAUAAGUAUUCACCUCCUGAGUCAAUACAUGUUAAAAACACAUUUGGCAGCGAUUACAGCUGUGAGUCUUCUUGGGUAAGUCUCAUAAGAGCUUUGCACACCUGUAUUGUGCAAUUUUUGCCAAUUAUUAUUUUCAGAAUACUUCAAGCUCUGUCAAGGUGUUGGGGUUCAUGGCUAGACCACCAUUUUCAAGUCUUGCCAUAGCUUUAUAAGCGGAUUUAAGUAAAAACUAUACCUUGACCACUCAGGAAAAACAUUAGUAACACACUACGCCGUCAUGGAUUAAAAUCCUGCAGCGCACGCAAGGUCCCCCUGCUCAAGCCAGCGCAUGUCCAGGCCCGUCUAAAGUUUGCCAAUGACCAUCUGGAUGAUCCAGAGGAGGAAUGGGAGAAGGACAUGUGGUCUGAUGAGACAAAAAUAGAGCUUUUUGAUCUAAACUCCACUGGCCGUGUUUGGAGGAGGAAGAAGAAGGAUGAGUACAACCCCAAGAACACCAUCCCAACAGUGAAGCAUGGAGGUGGAAACAUCAUUCUUUGGGGAUGCUUUUCUGCAAAGGGGACAGGACGACUGCACCGUAUUGAGGGGAGGAUGGAUGGGGCCAUGUAUCGCGAGAUCUUGGCCAACAACCUCCUUCCCUCAGUAAGAGCAUUGAAGAUGGGUCGUGGCUGGGUCUUCCAGCAUGACAACAACCCGAAGCACACAGCCAGGGCAACUAAGGAAUGGCUCCGUAAGAAGCAUCUCAAGGUCCUGGAGUGACCUAGCCAGUCUCCAGGCCUGACCCAAAUAGAAAAUCUUUGGAGGGAGCUGAAAGUCUGUAUUGCCCAGCGACAGCCCCGAAACCUGAAGGAUCUGGAGAAGGUCUGUAUGGAGGAGUGGGCCAAAAUCCCUGCUGCAGUGUGUGCAAACCUGGUCAAGACCAACAGGAAACAUAUGAUCUCUGUAAUUGCAAACAAACGUUUCUGUACCAAAUAUUAAGUUCUGCUUUUCUGAUGUAUCAAAUACUUAUGUCAUGCAAUAAAAUGCAAAUUAAUUACUUAAAAAUCAUACAAUGUGAUUUUCUGGUUUUAUGUUUUAGAUUCCGUCUCUCACAGUUGAAGUGUACCUAUGAUAAAAAUUACAGACCACUACAUGCUUUGUAAGUAGGAAAACCUGCAAAAUCGGCAGUGUAUCAAAUACUUGUUCUCCCCAUUGUAUGUGUGCCAGGUAGUGCUGAGCGGUUAGUGCUUUUUGAGGUUGGUUGGGUUUUGUUUAGAUUUAGGUAAUAUUUGUUAAAUGCACUAUGCAUUAUGUGGUUUGAAUUCUGUAACAAGACUCUAAGAUGGCACCUUAUUGGAUGACCACCUUCUUGCAAGCUCCGACCCAACUUAGCUAUUUUGUGAUUCUUUUGUCAUUUUAUUUUUACUUUAUUUUCACAAAAUGUAUCUGCUAUCAUUUUAGUUUUUGUUUAGUUUUUGUUUAACCUUUAUGUAUACAGGUUUUUCUCAUUGAGAUAAAAUCUAUUUUUCAAGAGAGAACUGGUCCAACAGCAGCAGGGGAAACAAAGUUUCAGACAAAACAACUUACAUACACUAAUACAACAUUGAACAAAACUAUAGACACAUACAGUACAACAAUUACAUAUUAUGUAAAGAAACACAAAUGUCAUAAUAAACAAACAGCUGUCCUAAAGACAAUUACACUCUUCUAUGAUAUUUACAUCGAUCAAGUGUUUAUUACAACCGACAAGAACCUUUGAAUAUCAGAUCGGCAGUUAAUUACCUAAAUUCCGGUUUCAACUUUUACUCAUCUGCCCUGGGCUCUUUCUGUAAUUCCGAUCCAAUUUUAGGGCUACCCAAGAGGAAACGCUGGCGUUACAGAGGCAAGAGAGGGGGGUUCCUGGCGAGAUGAAGGCAAAGGGAAAACCGGCCACCUCUUCCCUCCAUACUACUGGCCAAAACAUGAAUGACCUCCGAUCGCAGAUUUGCUACCAAGGGGACUCUCGAACCUGCAAUAUUCUCUGCUUUUCUGAAACAUGGCUCUCGUACAAGAUACCCCCCACCGUGGGGGGUAUCUUGUACGAGAGCCACAGCUAUCUCAAUGGAUUCUCCAUUCACUGUGCGGACAGGACAGUGGAGUCAGGGAAAUCGAGAGGGGGAGAGGUUUUUCUUCUCGAGCGCGGUGGAAGUGUCAACCCAUUGUUUACCCAUCUUGGAAUACCUGAUGGUCAAAUGCCGACCCUUCCACCUCCCUGAAUGAGGCUAUAAACAAGCAGGAAAACUUACAUCCAGAGGCUGCUUUUCUGGUUGCCAGAAAAAUUCCUUUAAAAUACAGGGCUACCCCAGAGAACCCUGAGGCUACGGCGGAGGACAGGAACAAGUGCAAGAAGUAACACUAUGACCUCUUCAGAGUCAUCAAACGAGCAAAAGGACAAUAUUGUCACACCCUGAUCUGUUUUACCUUUGUGAUUGUCUCCACCCCCCUCCAGGUGUCGCCUAUCUUCCCCAUUAUCCCCAGUGUAUUUAUACCCGUGUUCUCUGUUUGUCUGUUGCCAGUUCGUUUAGUUUCGUCAAGCCUACCAGCAUUUUUCCCCUUGCUCCUGUCUUUCUCAAGUUCUAGUUUUCUUGGUAUUGAACAUUCUGCCUGCCCUGACCCUGAGCCUGCCUGCCGUACAGAACCUUGUCACACCACCCUGGAUUAUUGACCUUUGCCUGCCCUGACCCUGAGACUUCCUGCCGUUCUGUACCUUUUGGACUCUGAUCUGGAUUACUGACCUAUGCCUGCCCUUGACCUGUCGUUUGCCUGCCCCCUGUUUUUGUAAUAAACUUUUGUUACUUCGACACUGUCUGCAUCUCUAUACAGUAACAGUGACCUCUGUUGCGGCCAAGCCUACUCUUUCCCAUAGGCUUAUACAAUCUAUAGUAUGACAGCAUCAGCAGUUAUCUACCGACAGCUGGCGGACAUGUUUACAUAUGGUUAGUUUUAUUAGUGAUGGAAGACACAAGCUUAUGCACUAUAGCACUUAUGCGCUAUAGCUAGCUAGCUCUUUCACUUACCCGGUUCACUUCCAUUCUCAUGGUCUCUGCUGGUACUGCUGGCUGUUGGUGGUAGGGACAGCAUCCACUUUGAGAAGCAACUUCUUGCUGAAGCACUCCUUCCAUUGUUGAUAGCCGUGGAAUUUCUCAGGAAUUAAAUGUUACCCGCAGAUUAAUGAGUAGAUGCCCAAUUCAGCCGCCUCAUUUUCACAAAUGUAUCCCACUUUUUAUAAAGUUUUUCAUUCGUCAUGUGAUGCUGACCGCGGGGCGUUGUGGGAUUGUUUCCGAAGUUAUAGCUGAUUUGGAUAGAAACCUCAAACCUAACUUUAAGCAAAACUUUAUAAUAUUAUAACAAUUGAUUUAACAGUUUGUAAUUUGGGAAUGUUUUCUUGGGGUGCUCUAAAUUACUAUUAUAUGUGUUUCUGGCAUUGAGAAAUAGUCGCUACACUGCCUUUAAGUGUAACUUUCACUUAGUCAUGCAUAGAUGUCACUGGGAGAUAGUAAAAUAGUGUUAGAUUUAAUGACAACAUUAAAAACAUCCCUAGAACAAUACAUUUUAACAAAGUAAUAUUGUAUGACCUUUAUUAAUAUUAGUGUCAAUGCAUUUCAGAUAAAAAGGAGUCUACUGAGAGGCCAGAAGGUAUGACUUCUGUCUUUUUUCAAUACUAUUUUGUAUAUUUCUACACAUUUACUUUUUAACCUUUUCAUUUAAUAGAAGAAACGGCUCUUGUCGGAGGUAAAUUGUGUUUAUUUUUAAUUUUUUUUUUUUUUUAUCAUGUCCUUAGUGAGGAGAGCUUCAGCUCUGGGCAUAUAUACUGGGAAGUGGAGGUGAAGUGGGACGUUUUUCUAUAUUCGUUAUUGGAAGCAGUAGCCACCGACACAGCCACCCUAACAAGUGAUGUUGUCCCCGUUAACCUAUGA